AUGUACUGGAAGCAUGAGAGCGCCGCCCCGGCACUGCCCGAGGGCUGCCGGCUGCCGGCCGAGGGUGGCCCGGCCACCGACCAGGUGAUGGCCCAGCCAGGGUCCGGCUGCAAAGCGACCACCCGCUGUCUUGAAGGGACUGCGCCUCCCGCCAUGGCUCAGUCGGACGCCGAGGCCCUCGCAGGCACUCUGGACAAGGACGAGGGUCGGGCCUCCCCAUGCACACCCAGCACACCGUCUGUGUGCUCACCGCCCUCUGCCGCCUCCUCCGUGCCGUCUGCCGGCAAGAACAUCUGCUCCAGCUGUGGCCUGGAGAUCCUGGACCGGUAUCUGCUCAAGGUCAACAACCUCAUUUGGCACGUGCGGUGCCUCGAGUGCUCCGUGUGUCGCACUUCGCUGAGACAGCAGAACAGCUGCUACAUCAAGAACAAGGAAAUCUUCUGCAAGAUGGACUACUUCAGCCGAUUUGGGACCAAGUGCGCCCGCUGCGGCCGACAGAUCUACGCCAGCGACUGGGUGCGGCGGGCGCGCGGCAACGCCUACCACCUGGCCUGCUUCGCCUGCUUCUCGUGCAAACGCCAGCUGUCUACCGGCGAGGAGUUCGGCCUGGUGGAGGAGAAGGUGCUGUGCCGCAUCCACUACGACACCAUGAUCGAGAACCUCAAGAGGGCCGCCGAGAACGGGAACGGCCUCACGUUGGAGGGGGCAGUGCCCUCGGAACAGGACAGCCAGCCCAAGCCGGCCAAGCGCGCACGAACCUCCUUCACCGCCGAGCAGUUGCAGGUGAUGCAGGCGCAGUUCGCGCAGGACAACAAUCCCGACGCGCAGACGCUGCAGAAGCUGGCGGACAUGACGGGCCUCAGCCGAAGGGUCAUCCAGGUGUGGUUUCAAAACUGCCGGGCGCGGCAUAAAAAGCACACGCCGCAGCACCCGGUGCCGCCCUCGGGGGCGCCCCCGGCCCGCCUCCCCUCCGCCCUGUCAGACGACAUCCACUACUCCCCGUUCAGCAGCCCCGAGCGGGCGCGCAUGGUCACCCUGCACGGCUACAUUGAGAGUCAGGUACAGUGCGGGCAGGUGCACUGCCGGCUGCCUUACACCGCGCCCCCCGUCCACCUCAAAGCCGAUAUGGAUGGGCCACUCUCCAACCGGGGUGAGAAGGUCAUCCUUUUCCAGUAUUAACACUGCCGGCACUUCCGCCUCUGUCCGUGGGCACCUCCCAGCCGGCCCUCAGCCGCUGAGAUCCAGUGUCCAGAGCCUUGGCCAGGGAUCCACCUGCCUCUGCAUCCACGCCGCCCACCGUCCCGCCCGCCGCCAGCCCGGCCCCCCACGCCUGGCCUCGCCCUCUCCUGCUGAGAACCAGAUCCCACCAGGAGCACCACAGUCCUCUCGGCAGCCAGACCGCCCCACAGCCUGUGUUUCCCAUUUACACAGGAGUCGUCUUCAAGUUAAGCCCAACGUGAUAGCAGAAGGCAGAACUGAAUCGUGCGACGCCAGCAGCCUUCCAAUCCACAGGUUUCCUUCCCCCUGCCCCCCAUGCCUUUAUUUACAAUUCCUUGGACUGGUCUCGAAUUCUGAAUUGCCGACAACCCCCAAUGUCCGCACCACUCUGUUGCUUUUGUCUGGAAAAUUCUACAGUGCUUGUGGGAUGUCCCCAAAGGAAAGCUAUGUUCUAAUUUUAUCAUUUCCAUCUGUCUGGUUACGUCAAGUUAAUUCAGAAAGAGAAGAGACACUGACCAACCCUGAGAGGCCCAACAGGGCAGAGAUGGGGGCCUGCCCAGACCAAGAGGUGGGGGUGGGGG